UCUAGUACAGAAAAAGAAAAUAGAAAAUUUGUUUUGGAAUUUUUAGGGUGUCGUGUUAUGAAGUGCUUCUGUUUUUCUUUUACAAAUUCCAUUAAUGGCUAAUUGGACGAAAAAACCUCCAGCGGGUUCGUCCAAUCGCAGAAAAUGGAAUCUUGAAGACCGAACCUCGCUGAAUAAUCUCAAAUACCACUUUGCAGCAGAUGGUUGUUCCGACGUCCAAUACGACCUGGCCAGGCAGUUAUUAGAUACUAACAUUGAGCACAAUGAAUCUUCAUCACAUGUCCAAGGCGUUCAUUGGCUGCUGUGUGCUGCCCAACAAGGUCACGAAGACGCCCUGCGCUUGCUACAGGAGUGUUUCGACAGUCGCCGAGGCAUAAGCGAUGCGAACAUCGAUGACGUAAGAAGCUGUCUGGGCAUGACUACUGGCGAACGAGCUGCCCGCAAAGCAGCCCGAGAUCUAUUCGCGUGUCUGUCGAAUGGUGGCGAACACAUCACACCCAAGCAACUCGAACGCAAAAUGCGAGAAAUAUACAAACUCCAAAAACGACGAAAACGCCACAACGAUUCCACCUCUGAGGAAGAAGACGAGACGGAACAGCUGGAGGACGUGAACCACGCCAAUGGCGACAUCUACCCCUGCCAAGGUGCAGACCUGAACGUAUCCCAGCCUGAGAGGGUGAUAACAGAGGCAAACCUUGUCACCGCUGCUGUGAACUAUGCGAAUGGCCGUUUGCCCGCAGUCAACGACGAGCUAACGCUGUCGAUUCCUCAUCCAAACUCUCUGGACCACGUUCCGUGCUUCCAUCGUAUUAUUUUCCAUCCGAUUGUGUUCUGCAGAUUACUCUAUCAUCGCCUGAUUAAUUUGAUUGCAUCGUUUCCUGGAACUCUGUCACCCAGCAUGAAGCUGGCCUUAAUAUUCCUCGUUUACAUCGCGGUGUCCAGCGAUAAUCUCACAGUUUACCUCCCCAUCUGCUUCUACUACCUGUGCAUGGGAGUGAUGGUCUGGUCAACUUGCAAGAUGCUCAAGUCCAAGCAUGACUUCAUAGAUUUCCGGAUCUGGUCGGGACUGUUCUUAAGCUAUGGGGACAACAAUGUCGAAGCAGGUAUUUCCGAGAACCGUUUCUUGAAGAACAAUAUGAAGCCCUAUUUGUAUUUCUUCUGUGCUUUCGUGGGAAACCUGAUCGUGUGUCCUUUGAUCAGUUCUGAAUGGCUGCCUCAUUCCGAGAUUACCAUUCUGUCUUUUAUAAUGGUGUUCAUCUCAAUGGUGGCAUUUAUGUACACGUCCACGCAGCGCAGCUUUCCCGACGUCCUUGUGCUCUUCUCAUUCGGAAUUAAUGUUCUGGCCAAGUAUCCCUACGAAAUGGAUGAGGUGGUUAGCACGGGUUGGAGAUUUCUUGACUUGAAAGUUCCAACUUUCAGCUCAUUUGUGAUUGGCAACGGGAUUGAGUUCUGUUUGAACUGUCGGACGGUGUUGUACUUGAUGAUUCCUCUGUUUCUCGUCCACCUGGCCAAACGGGCAAACUGGCAUGGAACGUACACAUAUCUCAUUCCACAUUGCGUCACUCUAAGUUGGCUCCAGCUGUGCAUCACCAGCUCACAGAGUGCCACCAUGUUUGGAGUGGUGCGAGCAGCACUGGGUUUGGCUGGAAUCCUCUUGUUUCUGCCGCUCUUCGGCAUCGUGUCGCUGAUGGUGCCAGUGUUCCUGGCUGUUGAAUACGUUGGCUUGACAGAUCCGCGAAUGAGGUUGGUGACAACAAUUGUGGCCGCAGCUUUUGCUCUCCUGGGAUCCUGCUGCAUGGCUGUCAAUCAGAACACACAAAAGUACAUCACAUUCCUUCAGGUUGCCGUGAGCAUUGUUGCUGCCGCUAUCCUCACUCUUCCCUAUAUGACCUCCAGCUUCAAGGCUGUUCACACUGAGACAUCACUCUACUCGAAUCUGAUUAACGACAAACCGAUCAUCACGUCCGAAGAGGAUACCAGGCGUCACAUAUCUUGGGAGAAAUUCUACCAUCUGUGUGGCCAACCUUCGUGGGAACAGAAUAACAAAAUAAAAACUCAACUGCGUUGUUCGUAUCUUACUGGAGCCACCAUCUCAUGGGAGGGCACAAUCACAGAAGUUCAAAUCGCCAGAGUUCAUAAUUUAAGAGCAGAGCUCAUCAGAGACUACCUUCCGUCGUGGCUGGCUAACAUUGUCGAGUGCGUUUAUGGGGAAUCGAACCGGCUGGAGUGUUCGAAAGCAGACGCCUUGUGUGAGGAACUGCGCAAGACAACGAAGCUUCAACAUCGGUGCAAUUUGAAUCGUUGGAACGUCUAUGAAUAUGAGAUGUUGCUGCGAAUGAACUCGGGUCUUCUCAGCAAGCCCAUUGAUGUCCGUGUGCAUGCAGAUGAUCGCUUCCGGAACUUCACCACACUCUUGCGUAGCGGCGAUCGAGUUCAUAUCUAUGGCAAACUUAUGAACACCCGGAAGCAAGCGAAUGAACCGAGGGAAGAUUUCGUUCUUGGCUCAGGAAAACCCUCUGUUCAGCUGACAGGUAUCGAGUGUACAGUGUGCACUGAGAAGGAUAUGCCGGCCUUGAAUUUCAACCAAAUGACUUCAGCUGUGGACGCAAGGAUGCGUGAUCUUACUCGAGGGAUCAAAUAUUUGCUCAAUGUUCUCCUCAAUCCAUUGAUUACCAUCAAAUAAAUUGGUAACACUCCAAAGGGAUUCCCAUGACAAAUGGCGAGGGCUUAAUUUAUAAUUAUUAUUACAAAUAGUAAUUACAUUAUAUUAUGGUAGGUAAUAAUAUUAUUAUGUACACGCUUCACGGAAAGAUUCCAAGAUAACGUUUUUUGAGUUUUACAUAAUGUACACAUGCAGUGUUUUGGAGUUUUGUAGACUUACAUGUUUUUUUGUUGUGUUCAGGACAAAACUGGAUUACUUAGUACCUAAUCUGCUUCUAUUAAAUUAAAUGUCUUAUUUUAGUGAAAAUAAAAAACAAAAUAUUUGUGGA